UACUAAAUACACUCAAAAACAAGCACCUAUUCACCCUCCAGCUUUUAUCUCUGCAUACGUACAAACAUCCCACCUUCGAAGCUCAAGCUUAUCUCUUUGCAAUGGGGGUGGAAGAAAAGAAGGUGGAGGAACAAAAAGUAGAGGAAAAGAAGGUAGAAGAAAAGCCAAAGAAAUUAGUAGAUGAAGGGGAGAAGAAAGAAGAAGCAAAAGAGGAGAAAGAGAAAUCUAACACAAAUGAGGCAAAAGUUGAGGAAGCACCAAAAGAGCCACCGCCGCCUCCACCACCUCAAGAAAUUGUGCUUAGAGUUUACAUGCAUUGUGAGGGAUGUGCUCGAAAAGUUCGUAAAUGUCUCAAGGGGUUUCAAGGUGUUGAAGAUGUGGUGACUGAUUGUAAGACUCACAAGGUUGUGGUGAAAGGUGACAAGGCAGAUCCACUCAAAGUUUUGGCUAGGGUUCAGUGUAAGAGUCACCGCCAAGUUGAGCUUCUUUCUCCGAUUCCUCCACCGCCUGCAGAACCCAAAAAAGCCGAGGAAGAAGUCCCCAAACCGCCAGAGAAAAAAGAGGAGCCUCAGGUCAUAACAGUGGUUUUGAAAGUACACAUGCAUUGUGAAGCUUGUGCUCAGGAGAUCAAGAAACGUAUUGAACGAAUGAAAGGGGUUGAGAUUGCAGACCCGGAUCUAAAGGGCUCACAAGUGACAGUGAAAGGAGUAUUUGACCCUCCAAACUUGGUUCAAUAUGUAUACAAAAAAACCGGGAAGAAUGCAGUUGUUAUCAAGCAAGAACCAGAGGAAAAGAAAGAAGAGGUCAAGGGUGCUGAAGCUACAGAAGAGAAGAAAGAUGGUGAGGGCGGUGACAAAGAAGGUAAGAAAGCCGAAGAGCCAGCUCAGGCAGCGCCAGAAGACGGCAAAGAGAAGAAAGAAGAAGGCGGGGAGAAAGAGGCAGCUAAGGCAGAGGAAGUGGCUGUGGCAGCAACAGGGGAAAAUGAGAAGAAAAACGAAGUGAUGGAGCUGGUCAAAAAGAACGAGUUUUUCUACUACUUCCCACCGCAGAAUUACCAGAACAAUCCUCCAAGGGUGGCGGACCCUUACCCUCCAGCACCGCAGAUUUUCAGCGAUGAGAACCCGAAUGCAUGCUCAGUUAUGUGAGUUUGAAAGGUAUAAAGAACAAAUUUAGUAGAUAAUAGUAAAAUAAAGAGUGAGCUUGUGAGUCUGUGAACAUGGUCUGUAGUGUGGCCAUGGAAUGGUUAGCUCUACUUAAACAUAAACUCUCUUUCUGAUAUCUCGUUAUGCUCUACAUGUGGCCCUGUCUUAUAAAUCUACAAACGGCUGUAGAAUUUUUAUGAGAUUUGUACCUUUUUAAGUUACUAUAA